AUGUUUACUUCAAAGAACAAUAAUAAUGAACAAAGAUUUGAAUCAAAUAUCUCACCAUUACCUCAACGACAAUCGCCACCAUAUGGGGAUAAAUAUAGCGUAUAUGAUUUGAUAAUGAUCGCUAUUGGAACUCUAAUGCUUAUUGGUAUGACAUUAUGCAGUAUGUAUUAUACUAUUCAUGGACUAGAUAAAUUAUCUCAAUCUAUAACAAAAGGAUUUAAAAAAGUUCGUUUUGUUAUUAUGCCGAAUCAUCAUUCUCAUCAACAAGUUACUGAUUCUGUUAUAAAUCAAUCAAUUCUUAUCGUGUAG